GGCUGGGCAGUUCCUUCCAGCUCCAGCUGGGCCCAAAGUCUUCAGUCUUGGCCGCCACCAAGUCAGGCACUGACUCCUAGCCACCACUCGCCAUGGCUAUGAAGGUAGACAGCAGGCCCGGGGAGCUCCCCAGCAGUGGCUGUGACCCAGGCACAGCCCGACAGCAUGUGCAGGCAGUCACCCGAAACUACAUCACCCACCCCCGAAUCACCUACAGGACCGUGUGCAGUGUCAAUGGGCCCCUGGUGGUGCUGGACCAGGUCAAGUUUGCCCAGUAUGCUGAGAUCGUCAACUUCACUCUGCCCGAUGGAACUCAGAGGAGUGGCCAAGUGCUCGAGGUGGCUGGGACCAAGGCUAUUGUUCAGGUGUUUGAAGGAACCUCUGGGAUCGAUGCCCGGAAGACCACCUGCGAGUUCACAGGGGACAUUCUGCGGACCCCGGUGUCCGAGGACAUGCUGGGUCGGAUUUUCAAUGGCUCGGGCAAACCCAUUGAUAAAGGGCCUGUGGUCAUGGCAGAGGAUUUUCUGGACAUCAAUGGUCAACCCAUCAACCCCCAUGACCGAAUCUACCCUGAGGAGAUGAUUCAGACGGGUAUUUCUCCCAUUGAUGUCAUGAACAGCAUUGCCCGUGGUCAGAAAAUCCCCAUCUUCUCCGCGGCUGGGCUCCCCCACAAUGAGAUUGCAGCCCAGAUCUGCCGCCAGGCCGGGCUGGUGAAGAAAUCCAAAGCUGUGCUGGAUUAUCAUGAUGACAACUUUGCCAUCGUCUUUGCAGCCAUGGGGGUGAACAUGGAGACAGCCAGGUUCUUCAAGUCCGACUUUGAGCAAAAUGGAACUAUGGGAAAUGUCUGUCUCUUCCUGAACUUGGCCAACGACCCCACGAUCGAACGAAUCAUCACCCCACGCCUGGCACUGACCACUGCCGAGUUCCUCGCCUACCAGUGUGAGAAGCACGUGCUGGUCAUACUGACCGACAUGAGCUCCUAUGCAGAGGCCUUGCGGGAGGUCUCAGCUGCCAGAGAGGAAGUGCCUGGGCGCCGAGGCUUCCCCGGAUACAUGUAUACAGACCUGGCCACCAUCUACGAGAGGGCGGGCCGCGUGGAGGGCCGAGGAGGAUCCAUCACGCAGAUCCCCAUCCUCACCAUGCCCAAUGAUGAUAUCACCCACCCCAUCCCAGACUUGACGGGUUUCAUCACUGAAGGACAGAUCUACGUGGACAGACAGCUACAUAACAGACAGGUUUACCCCCCUAUCAAUGUGCUCCCUUCCCUGUCUCGACUGAUGAAGUCCGCCAUCGGGGAGGGCAUGACCAGAAAGGAUCACGGAGACGUCUCCAACCAGCUGUACGCCUGCUACGCCAUCGGGAAGGACGUGCAGGCCAUGAAGGCGGUGGUGGGGGAGGAGGCGCUCACCUCCGAGGACCUGCUCUACCUGGAAUUCCUGCACAAGUUCGAGAAGAACUUCAUCAACCAGGGCCCCUACGAGAACCGCUCGGUGUUCGAGUCUCUGGACCUGGGCUGGAAGCUGCUGCGGAUCUUCCCCAAAGAGAUGCUGAAGCGCAUCCCGCAGAGCGUGCUCGACGAGUUCUACGCCCGCGAGGGGGCGCCGCAGGACGCCGCGUCCUACACGGCGCUCUAGGCGCGCGCGCUCCCCACUCCUUCCCGUCCGCAGCGCCACCUUCCGCCCGCACCUGGAGCUCGCCGCUCCUGCAGGCUAUGCGGGCUCGCACGCUCCAUCUGGCUUCCUCCGCUCGCAGCACUCGGAAAGAACCGUGAGGGCUGGUAAACCUGUGACCUAUGACUUAGGACUGGCGCAUCCGUAUUUUUAUUUUACAUGGUAUUUUGUAUGUUUGUGCGGCGCUGGAGAUCCAGCUGGGGCCUCUUGCAUGCUAAGCAGGCUCUGCCACCAGGAUGCACCCCUAGCUGUAUAUUUUUACGUCAAAUAAGAAUGAUUGAGAUGAAUUUAUCUUAGUGAAAACCAGAUUGAUAAGAAAUAAAUUGUUUUUAGAUAUAGAUGAUGGAUACAUGGAGGUCAUUAAAGUAUUUUUUUUUCUCCCUAAAAUCAUAUGUAUUCCAGAGGCUGAGGAAAGAGGAUCGAAAGUUUAGGCCAGCCUGGACAACCCAGCAAAACAUUGUCACAAAACUUAAAAUGGCUAGAGAUACAACCCAACACUUUCUGGGGUUCAAUCCCCAGAACCACAAAAGGAAAAUACGCAAACAAAAAGCGCACUUAUGCCUUAAGAGGUGACAAUAAAUUCCUUUUAGGAAGAUAUUUAUCUUUCUAAAAUAUCUUGCUAAAUUUUUUGGGUAGAACUUAAGCUCAGUGGCCAUGGAAGAGAAAUUCAUAGCCACAAAUGAUUUUUGUUUUUUUUUUUACUGUACACAUCUCUGCAGGAGACAUGCUGGGAGUAGCUUGGUUUGCUGCAGACAGGGAGGGAGGAUAGUUGUCAGGGACGUAGCCCGAGGGACAUGACAGUGCAGAAGGCUGAGGAAGUGAAGAGAUGGGUGAAGAGUGCUCUAAAACUCAGGCUGCCGGGAACUCCUUUGAAAGCUGCCUGCUCCUCUGUGAUGUCAUCCUGUCUUCUGUUUCUCUGCCCAUGCAAAGAAGUCGUGAAUCUAUGAAGAAUUCAUGAAUGCUUUUCAAAAGGGAAAGGGUGGCUGGGGGAAAUGGAACUUUAGCCAAGCAAUGCUUUUCAUUUCUGAGUCACUGUGGCCUAGAACCCUGUCAGAAUUCUUGGAUCAAGGGCUAACACCAAAGGAGGCCCAAAGAUAGGCAUCCUGUUCCCAUGACAAUUCACAACCGUCCUGGGGAGAGAUUUGGCUGUGCACUGUGCAUAGAGUUUUUGUUGUUGUUGUUCAAUAACAGUUUUAUUGAGAUAUGAUCCACAUACUGUACAAUUUACCUAUUUGUAACUGUAUGAUUUAAUAGUUUUUAGUAUAUUCACAGAGUUGAAUGACCAUGACCACAAUCAAUUUUAGGACAUUUCUAUUGCCCCCAAAAGAAAUCCUAUACCUCCAACCAAUCCAUUCCUUCCCCAUCCCUAAGCAGCCAUGAAUCUACUUUGUAUCUCUAUGAAUUUGCCUGUUCUGGACAUUUCAUAUAAAUGGAAUCAUACACUA